UGCUUCAAGUAGCCUGUGCGAUGUACUUUUUGAAAUGGAGCGCCCCGGGCACUGCUACAGGUUGAGGCCGAAUUUUGGUCAAUUUCGGCACCUGCCACGCAUGCCCAUUCUUAUGUCUUGACCCUUGUUGGUCGAGUCGUCAGUCUGACCUAGCUUUCCAAUGCCCUGGUCUACUGAAGCUAUUAUCGCCUUUAUUACUUUGCUCGCCACCUUCCCUCCGUCAGCCCUUCUGAUAUGGACAUACUUCAAGAGGAGGCUUCGUGGGCACCCUUUGCUAUUCCCUAAUAGCCCAGCUGUGAUAUCCAACAACUUCUUUUUCUCCUCGUUCUCUCGAAACAUUACCUUUUCCUACACUGGCGAUCCUAAUGCAUUGCUUGAGUCCGAGGAAUACAAUCUAGAAAAUAUACCUAUACCCGUCGUACCAAAUUACCCUCUCGGUGGAAUGAUACCAGCGGAACGGCGACUUACCUCGCUUCCUCGUCAGAACUAGUUUUGUUAUACUACUGGGCAUCUCAAGAAAAGUGUCGGCUAUGGUUGAGGUGAGCCAGCGACAUGGAA